AACAAGCUUGGAAAAAAGUAGUUCAUAAUUGGUUUGAUAUGUUGUUAGAGGAAAAUAAUGAAAAAAGUCAAUUAACAGAUUCAGAAUACGAACAAGAAGAAGUUACAGUUCAUUCUGUUAAUAAUCCCAAAGGCAAAUGA